AUGACCACCAGUGCCGGCGCCACGCCUCUCCAAUUCUACCCUGAGCGCUACUAUUCGGCCUCGCCGACUUACAACACAUGGGUCAAGCUCACCGCCGCCGCCGUCCACCGGCUGCGACCCGCCUCCAGCCUGCAAGCUGAGCCCGCCAUCUCCCGCACCGACAACUUCUUCGACUCCACCAUCCACCACCCCACCUUCUACCACCUCAACCACCCCAUCCGCUUCGUCCGCCUCGUCGGCACCGUCGUCGCCAUCGAAGACCUCGGCCCCCGCUUCGUCAUCCUCACCCUCGACGACGGCAGCGGCGCCACGCUCGAGCUGAAAAUCACGCGCCUCUCGCCAGCCGAAGAGAAGGCGGCAGCGGCGGCGGCGGCGACGACGACGACGACGACAUCCAGCACCACCAACCCCGGCACCCUCACCACCAGCAGCACCAACCCCGCCAGCAGCACCACCACCACCCUCACCACCGCCGCCGACGUCACCGUCCGCAGCGCCAUCGGCCUCUUCGAAGUCGCCGCCCACGGCGCCCGCGUCGGCGUCGGCUCCACGCUCAAGGCCAAGUGCACGCUCGGCACCUUCCGCGGCGCGACGCAGGGCGUGCUGCGGCGCUGCUGGGUGCUGCCGCCGGGCACGCGCGGCGAGGCGGCAGAGUGGCGCGGCACCGCGGCCUUCAUGCGGGGGGUGCUGGCGGCGCCGUGGGUGUUGGGUGCUGCGGAGAGGGAGGGGUUGGAGGGGAGGUGGGUGAGGGAGAGGGAGAGGGAGAGGGAGCGGGAAGAGGUGGGGAGGAGGGAGAGGGAGGGGAGGGAGAGGAGGAGGGGGGAGAGGGGGGAGAGGGCGAGGAGGAGGGAGGAGAGAAGGGAGGGGAGGAGGAGGAAGGAGGAGGUGUUGAUGAAUGGGGGGGCGUUGGUGUAG